AUGGAAGGAGGGUUCAGCAAAGGACUCCUGUUACGCAAAGAGGAUGGUAGCGAGAUUGUUGCGAAAAUACCCUUUCCUAUUGCAGGGCCACCAAAGUAUACCACAGCGUCGGAAGUGGCUGUUCUCAAAUACCUACCGAAAGUUUUAGCAUGGAACGCCGAUCGGUCAAACCCGGUCGGUGCUGAGUACAUCAUAAUGGAAAUGGCCCCCGGGGUUCAGCUAUUUAACGUAUGGGAUGAUCUGAAUGACUUGCACCAGUUAUGCCUCCUACGCCAAUUGGCCAGAUUCGAGGGCGAAAUGACGAAGAUCCGCCUUCCAGCGAACGGAAGUCUUUACCUUUCUGAAUCCAUGGCAGAAAAUGAUGCACAUGUCUCUUUGAAUCGAGAGAUGGAUCCUUCUGGAGAGUUUUGUAUAGGUCCAUCGUGCGAGCGAGGAUGGCAUGUUCCCGACGAAAGUGCAAAUCUAUCCCGCCAUUUCAACCGAGGACCAUAUUUAUCUUCUUUCGGAACCGCUCUAGCCGACCGAGAGCUUGCGAUUCUGCGAAAUCGCUCCUCCAACGCAACAUCUGGUUCACCACGAGGAAUUCUCGAUGAGCAGAUCGAUGUUCUUAAUAUGACUAGAGAGGUCAUGUCUCGACUGCACGAGCGCACACUCGUUAGCAAGGUCUCCAAUCCAGUGCUAUGGCACACUGACCUCCAUAUGGGUAACAUCUACGUCUUAGGGCAAGAUCCACCCCAAAUAACGUCGAUCAUUGAUUGGCAAUCAAUUGUAGUCUCGCCAUUGUUCCUGCAGGCACGCUUUCCGGAAUUCCUAACAGUUGACGAAGACUACGAAUUAGGCACUAUGGAGCUCCCACCGCCACCGCUUGAUCUGGACAAGAUGGACGCUGGCGACAAAAGAUUAGCAGAGUACAAGUACGAGCAAGCAAAAGCAACAAAGACGUAUGAAAUGAACUGCGCAGCUCAGAACACAACGGCUUGGAAGGCGUUGAAAUUACCGGCAUUCCUCCGGGAGCUCUUCACACGAUGUGCAGAAGCCUCGGAAGAGGGCGAGAUACCACUUCGCGCAUGUCUCAUCGAGGUUGCCGCAGUAUGGAACAGAAUCAGCUUCAAAGGCGAAUGCCCACUCAACUUUAGCGAAGACGACCUGCAAAAGCACGAGCAACAAGGGAUCAUUGGCACGGAUUUCGAAGGUUGGAUCAAUCCGCGACUGGACUUCUCUGCGAAACAACAGCAAAACCAAGAACUACUAGAAGAAUUCGUGCGCAGGAGUAGUGAAUUUGGCAUGACGCCGGAGAAGAUGAGGAGCAUAUGGCCGUACUUGGAUCGGUCGUGA